UACCAUAAUACCCUAAACAGUAGGGCUAAACAUGGCAGGCUCCUCUGCAGGAAUGACUGCAUUGCUAUGUAAAAUGAAUAAACAAAUUGCAAUAUUUUAUCCAACGAUUACUUCUCACCAAAGGCACAGUUGGUGUGUGAUAAGGAGAAUAUGUACGUCUGUCUCCCGAUGUCAGAGUCAAGCCCAAACAAAAAGGUAGGUCGCACUGGUGUGCACUGUUUGUGUAUCGUGUGCGCGCGCCUGUGCAAGUUAGCGAGGGUGAGAGUCGCACAGAAUUCAGAACCAUUCCCUUCCGUAUUUAGACGUUAAAAACCUUGAUGCGAUUGAUUUAUAGCUGGUCGUCAGCAUGAUAGCCUCCUUUCCAAAUAUGUAAAUAUUGUCCUCCUUACCACUCUCUCUGCCUUCAGAGCAUCCUCGCAGGUUGACUUGACAGAUUUUGAUUAGGUAUGAUGAUGUCACUAAAGUUUUGCUGAUAUUCCGCAUUCAAAAGAACUGGGAACUCAUGACGUCAGUGAUCUUUAGGUCGGAAAGUCGGAGCUCUAGAAAGAGGACCGAGUUUCCAAGUUGGAUGACUGUUCAAAUCGAUUUUCCCAGUCGGAGUUCGUUUUUUUUCGAGUUCCCAGUUGUUUUGAACGCACUGAAGUCGGAGAUUUCCGAGUUCCCUGUUAUGAACGCGGCAAUAAGUCCACCAACAGAACUGUCUAAAAUGCUGUACUGUAAUGAAUGACCCACAUCUAAACUCCAAUAACAGACAACCCUGGCAGUUAGCUAUUCAUAAGUCCAGUCUAUUAGUCAGUUCAGAAAAUGAAAUCGUGGUGUUGAUAUGGUGGCCUCCCAUUUGUAAGUGUUAAUUUCUCUGACUGUAUAUGUGUGGUUGUAGUGCUCCCCAGGAGUUGGUAGGUGUAGUGGGUCUGGAGAUCCAUGCUCAGAUCCACUCCAACACCAAGCUGUUUUCUGGCUCCCAGGUCGGGUUCCAGGCUCCACCUAACUCCCUGGUGUCCUUCUUUGAUGCCUCCUUACCUGGAACUCUACCAGUGAGUUAUCGUGCAUCUGAUGAUAAACAUGUCUCGUGUCAAUAAAGGCUGUUUGUCUAUUCACUGCAUAAUAAUACCGUUUUUGUCCAUCAUAACAAAAGCUGGUCUAUGUAACCUAGCCUACAAUAUGUCGAUCUACAUAGUCAUUUUACCAAGGAGGCCUAUGUUCCUUUCCUCUUCCUCCUCAGGUGCUGAACAGACGAUGUGUGGAGGCUGCAGUGAUGACAGGCUUGGCCCUUAACUGUACCAUCAACAGGAAGUCUCUCUUUGACAGGAAGCACUACUUCUACGCUGACCUUCCUGUAAGUCGACCCCGACCCCAUCUAUCCUCCAAUCACAAGCAGUCGUCAAUCACAUUUAUUUCUAAAGCCCUUUUUAGGCUACAUCAGCAGUUCUUGAAUACAGUAACCCAGCCUAAAUCAUAGAGGAGACAACUUACUCCCCCGUUAAUAAGCAGCUCUCAUCGGUCGAAGCAGCAGUCUCUCCCCAAAGUAACUAUCCCAUUUUACUUCCUCCCUGUCCUUGAGCUAGGCUAUAAUUGAAUAAUGAUGAGUCUUGCUGAACCGGCAGAAAAACUUAUUGCCACGAUAUCUAGGCAAAUGACAGCUUCUGUUCCUGCAAUCUGUUAGCCGUUAGGAGUCAAGUCACGGCCAAGUGAUAUUCACCCUCACCUUGCUGCCAGGCGCUCCUGGGUCAUUUUAGUGCCGUUAUGAUUUACAUUUUAUAACUUUGGCAUCAAGACAACAUGUCAUAGGAAGAGUCGAAGAGAUUCAAUAGCAAUUGCCCUACAAAGCCUCCCAAAAAGUUGAUGAUCCCUAAAAAGUUUCAUUUCACUUUGGAAAGCCCUAUGUUAAUGUGACCUAUGUAGAAAGAAAUUACCCAGACAUUACUCUUGACGAGCAGAUGAUGAGAAAUUGUCGACUGAGAAAAGGAUGAAUUUGAAUAAUUUAAGUGCCUUCGCGGUAUUAUUCCAUAAUGUGACUUUCCACUCUCAAGAAAAUUACAAGACAUCUAGGAGAUUUGUCUGUUACAGUGCAAUCCAUACCUUUCCUGUAUUAGAUUAACUUUGUCCUAAGGUCAUUUCUAAUGACCAAUAGAGUAGCUUGUGAGGGUUAUUUUGGGGGGUCAGGGAAUGGACUGUUGAUCAUCGGGUUGUUAGUGCAGUUGUCUUAAUGUUAUGGUAUGUCAAUAUCCUUUAAAUGAAGAAAUGAACUAGAUGACAUGAUGGUCUAAGUCAUUCUAGUUGUUUUGAAUGAAAGCAUAUUAUCAACACAAGACCUGCCAAGCCUAGAUUGUUAGAAGAUUGUGUUGUCUUCUAACCCAACAGUCAGAUUCAUUGGAAAUAAUGUUAUCUGGAUGCUACAGCUGCAUAAUCCUUCCUCACAGCAGAGAUAGAUUAUUUAUUUCCGUAGCUCCGACUUGUAUCCCAGUGGUGAAAUCCCAGCAGGAAGCCGAAAGAUUAUUCCCAAAUCCCACCUCGUCUUGUAUCCCCGUUGUGGAUUUUCAGUCCGCUUACGGAGUGUUGCAUCACCUCUCUCUUUGGGUUAUGUUAAAACAUGCACUGUGGAAACGAUAGGGCCAGUUAAGAUUUACAUUUUCACCAUGCCCACAAGUGGUACCAACGUUUAUAAAUAUGUUUUUGCUUUCCCAGUAGACAACACCUGUGUUUUACCAGGCCUGGGAAAUAGACUGGGAAUAGGGAUUGAGAGUAAAAGGCCUGUAUUGCAUAUUAAAUCAUGCUAAUGCAUUACCUUCAGUUGGGAGGGAUGUUCAUGCUCUCUUUAUGAUAUCAAUUAUAUAGAGAGAAAAUAAUAGCCAUGAUGACUGAAGCAUUAAGCAGCACAUUCUCUAUUCAAUUAUUUUACUACCAGCCUAAUAAAGUAGAUAGAACUAAGACAUAAAAAAAAACAUGCAUUUAAUAAGAACACAGAUAUUCCAAAAUUGAGUUGUUCAUUAUUGAUGUUCCGUGAAUCCACGAUUUAAUUUCACACAACGAACACACUGCUGCUUAUUAAAUGAUUUAUGAUGUGCUUGCCAGACCAGCAGCAGGAAUGAAUUGAAGUGGCAGGCAGGUAUAAUGUUUUAACAGCUAACCUAGUCUUAAAAACAUGCACCAGCAGCUUCACACUAAGCUACUAGCAGAUAUGCAGAAUGAUACUUUUCUUGAGUGUUUUCUGUGCAGACGUUAUCCCUCACGACUAUUUAAUGACUCAAAUGAAUCUGUUUGUGAGACGUGGAUAUACAGUCGGUACUGUAGGCCUAGUUGAAUCAAGGGUUGUAGAGGAGAAUCGUUUGGUGCAUUGAAUCAGUUGAAGACAGCUUAGAUUCAGUGAACUGAAUCUGAAUACGACUCAGUGCAGUGGCACAUGCAGAAGUCUGUUUGGAGAGAUAGUGUGUUUUAUAGGCCUAGUUAGCUCUCAGGCUUAGAUUUACUUUUCUGAACAGACUGAGUGCUUUAAUACCAGACUGCUCAUAAGGCUUUGGUGCUGUGGUGUGACUUGAAGAGCUUUAACAGUUUUUACCACCACUGGUCUGCAUCCAACUUCAGCUGCCCCUCAUUAUACAAAGCACCAACACCCCUUGACUGAUUAUGCAGGAAUUGCAAAUGAUCCACCAUUUUGGUGGAUGCUAAGCGUACUAAUGUAGCCUAUGUGGGAACAGAAAUGCAUACAGUAUGCUAACUAGGAGGCACUUGAGCUAAUGAACUACAUUUGCAUUGACACUGACAGAGCUCUAUGAGAGAAUUGAUUCUAGAAAGGGAGAAAUCAGCAUAUUUUAAUGCUAUAAACCUGUAUUUAUAGUACACCGCUGAGAUAAAAUGGAACGUCUCCCUGGGCCCGUUAUGUUUGUGUUGUUAAAGUGAUUGAUUUGUUGAUCAGGUACAAUACAACACACAUAUGGUUAUGGCUAAUUACCUUUUUUCUCUCAUACAGUGGGGGGAAAAAAGUAUUUAGUCAGCCACCAAUUGUGCAAGUUCUCCCACUUAAAAAGAUGAGAGAGGCCUGUAAUUUUCAUCAUAGGUACACGUCAACUAUGACAGACAAAUUUAGAAAAAUGUUCUCCAGAAAAUCACAUUGUAGGAUUUUUAAUGAAUUCAUUUGCAAAUUAUGGUGAAAAAUAAGUAUUUGGUCACCUACAAACAAGCAAGAUUUCUGACUCUCACAGACCUGUAACUUCUUCUUUAAGAGGCUCCUCUGUCCUCCACUCGUUACCUGUAUUAAUGGCACCUGUUUGAACUUGUUAUCAGUAUAAAAGACACCUGUCCACAACCUCAAACAGUCACACUCCAAACUCCACUAUGGCCAAGACCAAAGAGCUGUCAAAGGACACCAGAAACAAAAUUGUAGACCUGCACCAGGCUGGGAAGACUGAAUCUGCAAUAGGUAAGCAGCUUGGUUUGAAGAAAUCAACUGUGGGAGCAAUUAUUAGGAAAUGGAAGACAUACAAGACCACUGAUAAUCUCCCUUGAUCUGGGGCUCCACGCAAGAUCUCUCCCCGUGGGGUCAAAAUGAUCACAAGAACGGUGAGCAAAAAUCCCAGAACCACACGGGGGGACCUAGUGAAUGACCUGCAGAGAGCUGGGACCAAAGUAACAAAGCCUACCAUCAGUAACACACUACGCCGCCAGGGACUCAAAUCCUGCAGUGCCAGACGUGUCCCCCUGCUUAAGCCAGUACAUGUCCAGGCCCGUCUGAAGUUUGCUAGAGUGCAUUUGGAUGAUCCAGAAGAGGAUUGGGAGAAUGUCAUAUGGUCAGAUGAAACCAAAAUAUAACUUUUUGAUAAAAACUCAACUCGUCGUGUUUGGAGGACAAAGAAUGCUGAGUUGCAUCCAAAGAACACCAUACCUACUGUGAAGCAUCGGGGUGGAAACAUCAUGCUUUGGGGCUGUUUUUCUGCAAAGGGACCAGGACGACUGAUCCGUGUAAAGGAAAGAAUGAAUGGGGCCAUGUAUCGUGAGGUUUUGAGUGAAAACCUCCUUCCAUCAGCAAGGGCAUUGAAGAUGAAACGUGGCUGGGUCUUUCAGCAUGACAAUGAUCCCACACACCACCCGGGCAACGAAGGAGUCGCUUCGUAAGAAGCAUUUCAAGGUCCUGGAGUGGCCUAGCCAGUCUCCAGAUCUCAACCCCAUAGAAAAUCUUUGGAGGGAGUUGAAAGUCCGUGUUGCCCAGCGACAGCCCCAAAACAUCACUGCUCUAGAGGAGAUCUGCAUGGAGGAAUGGGCCAAAAUACCAGCAACAGUGUGUGAAAACCUUGUGAAGACUUACAGAAAACGUUUGACCUGUGUCAUUGCCAACAAAGGGUAUAUAACAAAGUAUUGAGAAACUUUUGUUAUUGACCAAAUACUUAUUUUCCACCAUAAUUUGCAAAUAAAUUCAUAAAAAAUCCUACAAUGUGAUUUUCUUGAAAAAAUAUUCUCAUUUUGUCUGUCAUAGGUGACGUGUACCUAUGAUGAAAAUUACAGGCCUCUCUCAUCUUUUUAAGUGGGAGAACUUGCACAAUUGGUGGCUGACUAAAUACUUUUUUCCCCCCACUGUAUUUAUUCCUUCCCUCUUCUUUUUCUUCGUCGGCAUGCCAAUAAGUAUGAUGAAUGUUUCGUCUUUUCUAGCAGUGGUUGCCGUGGCAACGGGACAUCGUGCUACCGUACUCACUUGUGGAAUAGCGGCAGCCAGCACAGCUGCUCUUCAGAACAAAAUAACAGAUAAAAUAUUCAUCCAGUUCGCUUUUGUGACUUUGAACCCCUCUCAACGAAACAACAAUAAUAUUCCAACCGCAUAAUAAUGAGUUGGAGUAACCAGCGUUUGGGGCCUACUAUCCCCCAAAGUAACUAACGAAUGGAUGAAUCUUAGCUCAUGUUUAAUGUAUGGGAUUGCUAUUUUGUUCAUAACACUCUUGACCCCUAUAAAUAUUAAAGUUAUUUCCAAGUUAUUUCUAACGGUAAAUCGUUGAUUAUGCAGGCCAAGUUUAUUUUGGUAUUAACCCCUUUUUCCUAUAGUGUCUAUAAUAUAAAUGACUACAUUUUAUUAUAUAGUGGCUGUAAUUAAAUACCUAAGCCUGGUCCCAGAUCUGUUUGCGAGGAGUCCUCUAUAGGUAAUAGUCGUUGUCAUGCCAAAUGUCAGGUUUAUACAGCAUAGGAGACCAGGCUAUUACAUACCUGAUACAUGAGACACAUUUAGACUGCUGAAGCAAGCACACAAAAUUGACCUUUUCUAGUUUAAUGUGUUUCCUCCAUCCAGGCAGGCUACCAGAUCACCCAACAGAGGCUGCCCAUCGCGGUGGACGGAACCCUGACCUACAGUCACCUGGGCGGCCGUAAGAGGAACACGGUGGUCACCAAGAGUGUCAGGAUCAAACAGAUCCAGCUGGAGCAGGACAGUGGCAAAAGCCUCCACGAUGACUACAGGAGCCAGACCCUUAUAGACCUCAACAGAGCAGGUAGAUGGAGUUCAUCUUCCCAUCGGUAUACCUCAACAACUAUAUACAGAUCUAAAUAGAACAGGGAGUGGCGAGUCAAACCCAUGUAGACAUAUGGGGAGUGUAGGUAACUUCCCAUCUCUCUCUCCCUCCAGGUGUGGGACUGAUGGAGCUGGUGAUGGAGCCAGACAUGAGCUGUGGAGAGGAGGCAGCAGCAGCCGUCAGAGAGAUCCAGCUCAUACUGCAGGCUCUAGGGACCUGCCAGGGAAACAUGGCUGGUGGGGAGGCCUGCAUUGGGGACACAAACACUAACACACCAGGGAAACAUGGCUGGUGGGGAGGCCUGCAUUGGGGACACAAACACUAACACACCAGGAAAACAUGGCUGGUGGGGAGGCCUGUAUUGGGGACACAAACACUAACACACCAGGGAAACAUGGCUGGUGGGGAGGCCUGUAUUGGGGACACAAACACUAACACACCAGGGAAACAUGGCUGGUGGGGAGGCCUGUAUUGGGGACACAAACACUAACACACCAGGGAAACAUGGCUGGUGGGGAGGCCUGCAUUGGGGACACAAACACUAACACACCAGGGAAACAUGGCUGGUGGGGAGGCCUGUAUUGGGGACACAAACACUAACACACCAGGGAAACAUGGCUGGUGGGGAGGCCUGUAUUGGGGACACAAACACUAACACACCAGGGAAACAUGGCUGGUGGGGAGGCCUGUAUUGGGGACACAAACACUAACACACCAGGGAAACAUGGCUGGUGGGGAGGCCUGCAUUGGGGACACAAACACUAACACACCAGGGAAACAUGGCUGGUGGGGAGGCCUGUAUUGGGGACACAAACACUAACACACCAGGGAAACAUGGCUGGUGGGGAGGCCUGUAUUGGGGACACAAACACUAACACACCAGGGAAACAUGGCUGGUGGGGAGGCCUGUAUUGGGGACACAAACACUAACACACCAGGGAAACAUGGCUGGUGGGGAGGCCUGUAUUGGAGACACAAACACUAACACACCAGGGAAACAUGGCUGGUGGGGAGGCCUGCAUUGGGGACACAAACACUAACACACCAGGGAAACAUGGCUGGUGGGGAGGCCUGUAUUGGGGACACAAACACUAACACACCAGGGAAACAUGGCUGGUGGGGAGGCCUGCAUUGGGGACACAAACACUAACACACCAGGGAAACAUGGUCAAUACUGACAUGUCUAUUACAGACACACAAACCCAGACCAUGAUACUCCACCCCUUUGUCCUCAUCUCUCUCACAUCUCUCAUUACUUCUCUCUGAAUGUGUCUCAUACCUACUCUCUUCCUAUAGAGGGCCAGCUGUCUCAUACCUUCUCUCUUCCUAUAGAGGGCCAGCUGUCUCAUGCCUUCUCUCUUCCUAUAGAGGGCCAGCUGUCUCAUACCUUCUCUCUUCCUAUAGAGGGCCAGCUGUCUCAUACCUUGUCUCUUCCUAUAGAGGGCCAGCUGUCUCAUACCUACUCUCUUUGUAUAGAGGGCCAGCUGUCUCAUACCUUCUCUCUUCCUAUAGAGGGCCAGCUGUUUCAUACCUUCUCUCUUCCUAUAGAGGGCCAGCUGUCUCAUACCUUCUCUCUUCCUAUAGAGGACCAACUGUCUCAUGCCUUCUCUCUUCCUAUAGAGGGCCAGCUGUCUCAUACCUUCUCUCUUCCUAUAGAGGGCCAGCUGUCUCAUACCUUGUCUCUUCCUAUAGAGGGCCAGCUGUCUCAUACCUACUCUCUUUGUAUAGAGGGCCAGCUGUCUCAUACCUUCUCUCUUCCUAUAGAGGGCCAGCUGUUUCAUACCUUCUCUCUUCCUAUAGAGAGUCAGCUGUCUCAUACCUUCUCUGUUCGUAUAGAGGGCCAGCUGUCUCAUACCUACUCUCUUCCUAUAGAGGGCCAGCUGUCUCAUACCUUCUCUCUUCCUAUAGAAAGCCAGCUGUCUCAUACCUACUCUCUUCAUGUAGAGGGCCAGCUGUCUCAUACCUUCUCUCUUCCUAUAGAGAGUCAGCUGUCUCAUACCCUCUCUGUUCGUAUAGAGGGCCAGCUGUCUCAUACCUUCUCUCUUCCUAUAGAGGGCCAGCUGUCUCAUACCUACUCUCUUCCUAUAGAGAGUCAGCUGAGAGUUGAUGAAUGUGUUUCAUACCUACUCUCUUCCUAUAGAUGGCCAGCUGUCUCAUACCUACUCUCUGCCUAUAGAGGGCCAGCUGUCUCAUACCUUCGUUCUUCCUAUAGAGGGCCAGCUGAGAGUGGAUGCCAACGUGUCCGUCCACAGACCUGGGGAUCCUUGGGGCAUCAGGACUGAGGUCAAGAACAUCAAC